AUGUUAAGAAUUGAGCUCCUCCUUAGCCUUUGGCUUGCCAUUGCGUGCAGCGCGGCCGCUACACCCGUCGUCGCCGCCGCACCACCUCCGGACUUCACACCAAAUCCAAGCAUUGGUGGUGGGGGAAGCAAGUACAAAGACUCGUCUCACUUCCGCGUCUAUAACGCCGUCAACGACUCGGUCGCCAAUGUCCUACUAAACACGUUAGAGUCAGCCUACUCAUGUUUCGUCGGAAGUCAAGGAUGGCGAUCACCAGGUCUAUCGUUCAAGAGCGAGAAUGAUGACGGGCCGUUUUACAAGACGAAUGUUUAUGAUGUGGCCAGCUUGCCCGGCGCCGCUGCCAACACCGGAACUGACAUGUCGAAGGGCUUCAGCUUCCUUAAUGUCGUUACGCAGUAUAUGAGUACACCAGCUGUCUUUGUUCACGAAUUCGGCCAUGCAAUGACAUAUGCUGAGCGAUACUGGGUCGACCAAGGACGUACUGGAGCAUGGUGGGAGACAGUAGCGAAUUAUGUCGCCGAUACGUUCAUAACGUCUCCUCUCUGCGCGGAUGCUAGAUCCAAGUACAACCAACCCACCGGCGAUACCCUCAUAGAAUUGAAGAAGGUCAUCGGAGAUUCCUUCCAAGUCAUUGUGGAUGGGACGAAGGACUCGGGAAACUACUAUCAGGCCUGGCCCUUUUUCACAUACCUGAUCAACAACCCGGACAAUUAUACGGGACUGGGGCGUACAGUUUUCCCCGACGUCUGGAGAAAAUACAAGAGAAACAGCAAUGAGACACCAUUGCAUGUGCUUGAGAGACUUGCAUCGCCAACCAAGAUCCAGACCGUAGUUGGACGAUACUGGGCUCGUAUGGCAUAUGUUGAUAUUGGCCACACCAAGGCGCAGGCACUCUUCCAGCAGACAAAGAAAACUAUAAACUACGCAAAUCUUGAUUCUUUAGGGAGUGGGAAGUACCGUGUCAAAUUUGCGCGGCAGCCGCGGUACAUGGGUGCGAAUAUCGUGCCACUGAAGGGAAGCGGAGAGAUUAGCACGGUGGUGACAGCCGGUAGUCCAUUCAAAGCAACACUUGUGGUUAGAUCUUCGAGCGGCGCCAUGAGGUAUACCGAGCUGGUGAAUGGUGCUGGGAAAGUAACCGUAGGAAGCGGUGAGGAGGCUAGUCUUGUAGUUGUCAAUACUCCGGAUGGUCUUCUAUUGUUUGACCCCUUUUCCCUCAGCAGCGAGGCCAACAAGGGCUUGGAUUACCAGGUCGCACUUACUGGCGCUUCGAUAUAG